CGCUCGCUGUUUUUCUUCUCUGGGUUGUGCUUUUUUCCGCUGUUAGCGAAGAUGCAGCUCAAACCGAUGGAGAUUAACCCUGAGAUGCUGAACAAAGUGCUGGCCCGGCUGGGGGUCGCGGGCCAGUGGCGUUUCGCUGACGUACUGGGGUUGGAGGAGGACGCUCUAGGCUCGGUGCCAGCACCUGCCUGCGCGCUGCUGCUGCUGUUUCCUCUCACUGCCCAGCAUGAGAACUUCAGGAAAAAACAGAUUGAAGAAUUGAAGGGGCAAGAAGUUAGCCCUAAAGUGUACUUCAUGAAACAGACCAUCGGGAACUCCUGUGGUACAAUCGGACUGAUACAUGCAGUGGCUAAUAAUCAAGACAAGCUGGAAUUUGAGGAUGGAUCAGUCCUGAAACAGUUUCUUUCUGAAACGGAGAAGAUGUCCCCUGAAGACAGAGCAAAAUGCUUUGAAAAGAAUGAGGCCAUUCAAGCAGCCCAUGAUGCUGUGGCGCAGGAAGGCCAAUGUCGGGUAGAUGAUAAAGUGAAUUUUCAUUUUAUUCUGUUCAACAACGUGGAUGGCCACCUCUAUGAACUUGAUGGGCGAAUGCCAUUUCCAGUGAACCAUGGUACCAGCUCUGAGGGCUCCCUGCUUCAGGACGCUGCCAAGGUCUGCAGAGAGUUCACCGAGCGCGAGCAGGGAGAAGUGCGCUUCUCUGCGGUGGCCCUCUGCAAGGCAGCCUAGUGCCCCGUGGGAGGCACCUGGCUGUUCUCCCCUCCUCCAUCCAUCGUGAAAAUACCUCCCUACCAAGCAGUCUUCAGUGCUUCAGUCCUUGUGAAACACGGCUGUCUCCUUCCACACGCUCGCUCCUCCCUCCACCACACCCGAGCACUAGCGGAGAUCUUGAGCCAAGUUGGUGUGAGCUUCAGAGGCGAAGCGUCUCCCCACUGUGUGUCUUGUUCCUUAAUAGCUUAAUGCUUUCAAUGGCAACUUUGGUUUGUGUCUGUAAGUUAAGGCCUUGGAUGUGGUUUAAUUGUUUGUCCUUAAAAGAAAUAAAACUUUUCUGCUGAUGAGA